AUGAAUGAUUAUUCUAGCGAAUGUGUUGUCGCACUUGGAAAAGUAUCACAAUUUUGGACAACUUAUGAUGGAUUUUAUUGUGAAGUUGACCUAUUAUCACAAUUUAGUAAAAACAUUACACAUACUUAUAGUAAUAUUAUAAGUGAUUUAAGUGUUUUGAUAACUUCCUUACGAGAUGAAGAAAAAGAACGUUUACCUCGAAUAACUAAUUCAUUGAAUGAAUUGGUUAACGAUGUUGAAACUAUAAAAACAAAAUCAGCAUUAAUUUCAAGUGAAAUGGAAAUGUUUCAGGAGACAAUUAAAAAGUUUCAAAAUAAAAUUAAGGAAACAUCGAUACAUGUAACAACUCUUAACGAGGCUAUAAUGGAAGAUUUGUCGAUUUCAAACAAAAAUACGUUAAAUAUCGUCAUAGAGAAAUUAUUUGGAAUUGAAGAAAUAGCGAGUAAUACUUUAUUAGAGCAUCAAAAACUACAGAACAGUGUCGGAGAAACAAAGAAAGAAAUCGACGAGCUGCUUAUUUUUUCUAAAAAUGAGAUUAAGGAAUUUUCUUCUUAUUCGCAAAAUGAAAUUAGAAAAUUUACAAAAUCUAUAGAUACAAUUACCAGUACAUUUAUCGCUCUUUUCAAAUUAGUGCGCCCAUCCUGA